GGCAGACUCCAAGGCAUUUAGGAGAAUAAAGGCAGCCCCGUUGAUGACUGAAAAUGACAAAGCAUCCACCUAACAGAAGAGGAAUCAGCUUUGAAGUGGGAGCCCAGUUGGAAGCCCGGGACCGUUUAAAAAACUGGUAUCCAGCUCACAUAGAAGACAUUGACUACGAAGAAGGAAAAGUACUCAUCCAUUUCAAGCGUUGGAACCAUCGUUAUGAUGAAUGGUUUUGCUGGGACAGUCCUUAUUUACGCCCCUUAGAGAAAAUACAGCUGAGGAAAGAGGGUUUACAUGAAGAGGAUGGAUCUUCUGAAUUUCAGAUAAACGAGCAGGUCCUUGCUUGCUGGUCUGAUUGUCGUUUUUACCCAGCCAAAGUCACUGCUGUUAACAAGGAUGGUACUUACACUGUGAAAUUUUAUGAUGGAGUAGUUCAGACUGUCAAACAUAUUCAUGUCAAAGCUUUUUCCAAAGAUCAGAAUAUUGUGGGUAAUGCUAGGCCUAAAGAAACAGAUCACAAAAGUCUUUCAUCAUCUCCUGAUAAACGAGAGAAGUUUAAAGAGCAGAGAAAAGCCACAGUCAAUGUGAAGAAAGACAAAGAGGAUAAAACCUUAAAGACAGAAAAGCGACCCAAGCAGCCUGACAAAGAAGGAAAGUUAAUCUGUUCUGAAAAAGGAAAGGUGUCCGAGAAAAACCUUCCCAAGAACGAGAAGGAAGAUAAGGAGAACAUUUCAGAGAAUGACAGGGAGUACUCUGGAGACACCCAGGUGGACAAGAAACCUGAAAAUGACAUUGUGAAGAGUCCACAAGAGAACUUGAGGGAGCCAAAAAGAAAACGAGGCAGACCCCCUUCCAUAGCUCCUACUGCUGUGGAUUCAAACUCUCAAACUUUACAACCAAUAACAUUAGAACUGAGAAGACGGAAAAUAUCAAAAGGAAGUGACGUCCCAUUAAAACGUCCUCGACUUGACAAAAAUUCAUCCCAGGAGAAGUCAAAAAACUGCUCUGAAAAAGACUUAUCCAGGAGACGGUCUUCCAGGCUAUCCACUAAUGGGACCCAUGAGGUUCUAGAUCCUAACUUGGUUGUACCAGAUUUGGUUGAUAGAGUUGAUGCGAGUCCUCUGCAAGAUACAUCAGCUAGUACGAAGGAAUCUGAAGAAGGUCAGUUGAAAUCUGCCUUAGAAGCUGGCCAAGUCUCAUCUGUGCUAACUUGCCACUCCUUUGGGGAUGGAUUAGGGGCUGCAGGCUUGGAAUUGAACUGCAAAUCAAUGGGAGAAAACACUAUGAAAACAGAACCGGCAUCUCCUCUUGCUGAAUUAAAAGAGAUAUCGGCUGUAGAAGUACCAGAUACUUUUACAAAAACAGAUGAUUUUGUGACAUCUAAUGCGCCAGCUGUUGACCUGGACCACAAGUUUAGAUGCAAGGUUGUGGACUGUUUAAAAUUUUUCCGCAAAGCUAAACUGCUGCACUAUCACAUGAAAUACUUCCAUGGGAUGGAGAAGUCACCAGAGCCAGAAGAAAGCCCAGGGAAGAGGCAUGUCCAAACGAGGGGCUCUUCAGCUUCUGACAAGGCUGGCCAGGAGAGCUUGUCUAGGAAGCGGGCCUCUGCAAGUUCUCCGACUGCAAAAGACAAGGAGAAGAAUAAAGAGAAAAAGUUCAAAGAAUUUGUGAGAAUGAAACCAAAGAAGAAGAAGAAAAAGAAAAAGAAAACCAAACCUGAAUGCCCCUGCAGUGAAGAGAUCAGUGACACUUCCCAGGAGCCAUCACCACCCAAGGCAUUUGGUGUGACCAGGUGUGGGCCUUCACAAAAGCCUAUAGUCCAUAUGAGCCCACAGCUCCAUGGCACAGAAUCUGCCAACCACAAAGGGAAAUUGAAAGCAUCUGAGGAGGAUAAUUUGAGUGAGUCCUCUUCUGAGAGCUUUCUUUGGAGUGAUGAGGAGUAUGGUCAGGAUGUCGAUGUGACCACUAACCCAGAUGAGGAAAUUGAUGGGGAUGAUCGCUAUGAUUUUGAGGUGGUCCGCUGCAUCUGUGAAGUCCAGGAGGAAAAUGAUUUUAUGAUUCAGUGUGAAGAGUGCCAGUGCUGGCAGCAUGGGGUCUGUAUGGGAUUACUGGAAGAAAAUGUACCUGAGAAAUACACCUGUUACGUUUGCCAGGACCCUCCAGGUCAAAGGCCUGGCUUUAAGUACUGGUAUGACAAGGAGUGGUUGAGCAGAGGACAUAUGCAUGGCCUGGCAUUUUUGGAAGAGAACUACUCUCAUCAGAAUGCUAAGAAGAUUGUGGCCACCCACCAGCUUCUUGGGGAUGUGCAGAGAGUGAUCGAGGUUCUGCAUGGCCUCCAGCUCAAAAUGAGCAUCUUGCAAAGCAGGGAGCAUCCUGAUCUGCAACUGUGGUGCCAGCCUUGGAAACAGCACUCAGGGGAAGGGAGAGCUCAUUCCAGGCACAUCCAUGUGAUGGACACCAGGAACAAGGAAGAAGCCCCCAGCUAUAGAACUUUGAAUGGGGCAGUGGAAAAGCCCCUACCCCUACACCGGUCUGUGGAAGAGUCCUAUAUCACUAGUGAGCACUGCUACCAGAAGCCCCGUGCCUAUUACCCUGCUGUGGAACAGAAGUUGGUGGUGGAGACGCGCAGCUCUGCACUUGAUGAUGCAGUCAACUCACUCCGUGAGAAUGGUGAUGAUUCCUUCUCCCCUCGCCUGGGCUGGCCUCUGGAUCAAGACAGGAACAGAGGGGACAGCGACCCCAAACCCAGCCCCCCUAAAGUGAGGGACUAUGUUUCCAAAAAGGUCCUACCAGAGGAAGCCCCUGCUCGGAAGCUGCUGGACAGAGGUGGAGAGGGGUUGAUGAGCUCCCAGCAUCAGUGGCAGUUUAACCUGCUGACACAUGUGGAAUCUCUUCAGGAUGAAGUCACGCAUAGGAUGGACUCCAUUGAGAAAGAACUGGAUGUGCUGGAGAGCUGGCUGGACUACACUGGGGAGCUGGAGCCCCCAGAGCCACUGGCCAGGCUUCCACAGCUGAAGCAUUGCAUCAAGCAGUUGCUGAUGGACCUGGGCAAGGUGCAGCAGAUUGCGCUCUGCUGCUCCACAUGAAACUGGGCACUCAAGACUAAUGGGGGCACAAUCCUAGGGUACCUGCAGGAAGAGCGUCACAUAUUUAAAUAAACCUAGCAUGCUGAAUGCACGUGAUACCGACUGACUUCAGGGAUCUGGCCAAGAGUGUGAUGAACAGUGGACAAAGAGGCCAUUUUGGCUGCUGGAAGGCAGGACACUCUCAUCUGGAAGCCUACCAAGAAGGUAGCAAAUAGACUCUUGGGAUUCGCUUCUUCUGUGCAUAUCACUGAAUGAAGAGAGUCUUUUUGCACAAACUUCACUUGAAAUUGUGCCACUGAUGAUGACAAAUGGAAUGAGAGCCAAAAAAGUUGAGUUGGAAACAGUUGUAAAUUCAGUCUUCAGUUUAUUUAAUUGACUUUGCUGUCAGGUUGGGGGUACAUGCCAACCUUUCUUGUUUUGCCUGGCGUGGAGAUUAGGCAGCAGGCACCAUUUUCAUUUUCCAGCUUCAUGGGAAUGUUGGGACUUUUCCAUGCUGUGGAUGUUGGGAAGGAGCAGAGGCCUCAACUGUCCUGCCUUCUCUUAGGACUCUUCACUUUUUUCACCACAUCUCUUGCAUGACUUCAUGGUACCAGGGACGAGUUUUGUAUGCUUUUCACCCCAGAGUUGACUGGGUUGUGGCUUUUGUCAUAGAGACUGCACAGCCAGUGGAGGAACUAGAACCUUAUGGUAAUAAGCAUCUAGGAGAAAUUCCAAAUGGAAGUAGGCAGGGUCUGGAACCCAAAGGACAGCAUUUUUUACCCACUUCUUAAUGUUGACAGCUUCCCAGUUCUAUUUAAAGUCUGAAAAAAGUGUUUCCCAAAAUUUUGAACUCUUUCACUAUAAAGAUUUAUUGCAAAGAAUGUGGUUUGGGGAGUUACCUUGUUUUAUAUUGUCAAACUUCAGAUUCUUUGUGUGCCGCUUUUCUUUUCCUGAAGGGUAUGUCCACUAGUUGUCAUUUUCAGAAUUGUUAACAUAACACUUUGAAGUUCCUAUUUGUAUGACUUUGUGAGAUCAAGGUGAUUAUGCUGCUUAAGAUUCAGGUACAACCUAUUUGUACCUUUUGAGACAUUUGUGUUAUUUUUGCAGGUUACGGUUCCAUGUAUAAUUGCUACAUUUUGUUUUUCCUUACUAUACAAAUUUAAAGAAAAUGUCCCAUGCUUUGAAGAGUGACCAUUUCAUGUUUUCAUAUCACUAAAGGCAAAA